AUGGUCGCGUCGAAGGCCACAGGAGCUCCUGCCACAGCAUCGCCAGGCACCCCCUCGAAGCCUCCUUCUUCUCCAGAUCCCCCGAAAACUUUUGCUUCGCUUGGCCUGUGCCCCGAGCUGGUGAGCACGUGCGAAGCGAUGGGCUACAAAGCCCCCACGGACAUCCAAUCGGCCUCCAUUCCGCACGCGCUCGAAGGCCGCGACAUCAUCGGUCUGGCGCAAACGGGGUCGGGCAAGACGGCCGCCUUUGCGCUUCCCAUUCUGCACGCCCUGCUCUCCACGGAGGGCAAGCCGCCCGCCCCGUUCGCUCUCGUCGUGUCGCCCACGCGCGAGCUGGCCUUUCAGAUACACGAGCAGUUCGAGGCCCUCGGCGCCAAGAUUGGAGCACGGAGCAUCGCCAUCGCCGGCGGCGUCGACCAUAUGGCGCAGGCCGUCGCCCUCGCGAAGAGGCCGCAUGUCAUCGUGGCCACCCCUGGGAGGUUGGUGGAUCAUUUAGAGAACACCAAAGGCUUUUCUUUGCGUACCGUCAAGUUCUUAGUAUUGGAUGAGGCCGAUCGAAUUUUGACUAUGGACUUUGAGAAGGAGCUGGAGAAGAUUGUGACCGCUUUGCCGCAUGAUAGGAGCUCCUAUUUGUUUUCCGCGACCAUGACGUCCAAGGUCAAGAAGUUACAACGUGCUUCGCUGAAAGACCCGGUCAAGGUGGAAGUGUCGGAUAAGUACUCGACUGUUGAUACACUUGUGCAGAACUACGUCUUCAUCCCGGAGAAGUACAAGGACUGUUAUUUGGUCUUUCUUCUCAGUGAGUUUGCGGGAAACUCCGCGAUCAUUUUCGUGGAUACACAGCGACAUGCGCAGAGAAUCGCCGUCAUGCUUCGAUCACUCGGGUUUGGAGCCGUUUGCAUUCACGGCGGGAUGGCUCAACCCAAACGAUUGGCAGCUCUAACGAAGUUUAAAGCUGGGGAGAGGACUAUUUUAGUCGCAACUGAUGUUGCCAGUCGAGGUUUGGAUAUUCCCAGAGUUGACCUCGUCAUGAACUAUGAUAUCCCCAACAAUGGUAAGGACUACGUGCAUAGGGUUGGACGCACUGCUCGUGCAGGGCGCGCCGGUCGCGCUCUUAACCUAGUUUCCCAGUACGACCUUCACAACUAUAGAGAUGUCGAGGAGCUCAUCGGGAAGAAACUUGACGCAUAUCCUCUGGAAGAAUCAACGGUGCUGAUGAUGUUGGAGCGUGUUGGUGAGGCUCAGCGAAUUGCGGUCGCAGAGCUGCGAGAGUUGGACGAGAAACGGAGAGGUCGUAAGGGAGGAAAACGGCGGGGACAGGCUCUAGAUGACGAAAAUGCACUCUUGACGGAAGCUGUUGGGGCUGAUACGGCAUCUUAUUUGGAGGAGAGGACAAGACAUAGUGGAUCCCGCGGACAGAAACGGCGGAGAAAAGUGAGAUCAUGA